CUCUCUCUCUCUCUCCAAGAGAGAUGUAUAAAUGAAUGGGUUUAAUAAAUAUCCUGAUCAUUCACGUCUGACGCGGUCUCCGCAGUCUGUUGGAACUGCUGAACUGUCAAGGAUAGCUUUAAAUUAAUGUUCUAUGAACAAUGGAGCUGUAUGACGGAUUGCUUCCGUGUAAAUAUAGCGAAGCCAGCACCAAAGUGUAGGAGAGGCUGUGGUAAUCCAUAUGAUGCUGGCACCACCAUCAGCCAUCAGUAACAAUGCAUCUCAUUUGCUGGAGUGCUGACAUCAACUGCCGCCACAAUGCUCGAGGCCUGCAUCAGUAGCUGGCCGCCACAAGCCACGACUACACUGCGUCUUCCCUUCAUGUCAUAGACGGGUGAGAACGAGCUGGAUGGGGGUAUGGUGGGCAUCCUGUGGUCCUCCUUGUUGGUGGCUGUGUGGGCGUGUCUGUGCACCAUCAUCGGGGCUAGUAAUGCUGGAAUGACGGCGCGCUCCUCUGAUCCCAAUGUGCAACACGGGGAGGGAGGACAAAUUUUCGCCGACCCCAACAACCUGCCGGACCUCGCCCUGGGCAGGCCCGACUCGAUUGAGACGGAUGUGCCAGGCGCUCCGCUUAGUCCAAAGGAUUUCGAAGAAAGUGGAAUUAUGAAACACAACACCAUAGACACCACCGUCCAGGCGGACCCCAUCGAGCUGGCCGGCCUCUUUCAGGGAGACAUAAUGUUGAACCCCCAGGACACCCUCUCUGACCUGGCGCACGGGGACCCACCAUCAGGCAGGACAGGGAGGAGUGCCAUGAUAGACAUUCAUCGCCGCUGGCCGAAUGGAAUCAUUCCCUACGUUAUCUCUCAGGCUUACGACAAAUUCGCCCGAGGCACAAUCGCCAAGGCCAUGAGUGAGUUCCAUGAGAAGACCUGCAUUCGCUUCGUCCCUCGUACCAUCGAGAAGGACUACAUCCACAUCCUCAAAGGCGACGGGUGCUCCAGCUCGGUGGGGCGAGUGCAAGGGGCCCAGGAGGUGUCGCUGGGACCGGGCUGCCUCUACGUGGGGAUCGUCAUUCACGAAUUCAUGCACGCAGCUGGAUUUUGGCACGAGCAAUCACGUUCAGACCGCGACAACUACAUCACGAUAAAUAUGUUCAACGUGCAGAAGGGCAUGCAGCCAAACUUUGUCAAGUACGGCUGGGACAAGAUCCUCAGCCUUGGCAUUCCUUACGACUUGGAGUCGGUGAUGCACUACGGCCCAUACGCCUUCGCCAAGGAGAGAAGUCCCACCAUCAUCCCGAGGGAGAGUGGCGCCGAGAUGGGCCAGCGCCGAGGCUUCUCCGUGCGUGACACUGAAAAGUUGCAAAAGUUAUAUAACUGCGCCAACACCUCAACAUUCUACACCACCACCUACUCCCCCAUCAUUGCAGCAGCCACAGAGGAGUGUGCGGACAACGACCAGAAGCACUGCCAGACGUGGGCUGACCGCGGGGAGUGCGAGGUUAACCCUGUGUGGAUGAACAUUAACUGCAGGAAGGCGUGCCGGCAGUGUGGUGGUGGUGGUGCUGCAGGUAAGGAGUGCCAGGAUCAGUGUGUUUACUGCAAGACUUGGAGCCAGAGUCAGGAAUGCACCAAGAACCCCGAGUAUAUGACCAUCUUCUGCAAGAAGUCCUGCGGUCUCUGUCACGAUCACACGGAAGCCACUGGAUCUCAGAAGCGAUGUGAGGACAAGAACAGAUAUUGCCAGUCUUGGAGCAACCUGGGCCAGUGUCACUCCAACAAGAAAUACAUGCUGAUCUACUGCAAGAAGUCCUGUCGCGUGUGUCAGGAGAAGCUAGUGAUGGGCAACCUCCUUACCUGACCUUUCAGCACCUAUUGUCGUGCACCUUCCAGCCGUGGUGUGCCACAUUGGUUAUAUUUUCUGACUCUUCUUUCAUCCUUAUUUCUUCCGUCAUAAUGGAUAAUGUGUAUUGGGUUUUGAUGGCUACCUGUAACGAAUUAAAAAUAUGUUACUG